AUGGUUUUAAUGGUUAUAGUUGAUGCACAAUAUCAGUUUAUUUUGUGUGAUUUUGGAACUAAUGGUAGAGUUUCGGAUGCAGGGGUAUUACAAAACACAAAAUUCUUUCAAAUGUUACAAAAUAAUGAGCUUAACAUUCCAGCUGAAGAACUUGUCACGAAUAGUUCAAGACAUUUACCAUACGUUUUUGUUGCUGAUGACGCAUUUCAGUUAAGAUCGGACAUAAUGAAACCAUUCAGACAAGCCGAUUUGACGUCUUCUGAAAAAAAAAAUAUACAACUAUCGUGUAUCACGAGCAAGGAGAAUCGUAGAGAACGCUUUCGGAAUUUUGGCACGCGAUUUAGAAUUUUUCACACAAACAUUAAUUUAAAUCCAAAAAAAAUUGAGUCAAUCGUCAUGGAAUCUUGUGUGUUACAUAAUUACUUAAUCAAAAAAGUACCGAACUUAUAUGCACCAACUGAUGGUUUUGAUCGUGAACAAAUAGAUAAUGGAACCACCUUAGAAGGAUAUGACUCAAGCAAUUCUGCCAUGGAACCUUUAGAUGCAAAAAAUCCUAGAAAUAUAGCCAAAACAUCGAAAAUGAUCAAAGAAGAAUUUAUGAACUAUUUUAAUAACGAAGGAAGCGUUCCGUGGCAAAAUUACUUUAUUUAA